AUGAACAGUUCUGCAGGAUCAAACGGUGAGGAUGGAUAUAGUGGACCACCGGGCGAGAAAGGCUGGCCUGGGCCACCAGGUCCACCAGGUGCAAUCGGCCUUCCUGGUGCGCCCGGACCACAAGGAGAACCAGGCCCAUCAGGGACACCGGGAACAUGUGUUUGUCAGGAUACGGAAGUAGUGAUAGCUGACAUGCCAAAUCGACAACGUGCAGAAACUUACACACCGCAACAGCCACUGCGAGAAAUUGGUGGCGAAUUGGGCUCGGAACCAGUGAUGCAAGUAGCUUCGGAUACCCAGUCAGCAGAUCUUCCCGAAACUCUGUUCGUGGAGCAGGCGCAGCAGCAAGGCAGGAUAUCAGCAGGACAAGAAGAAAAACGUGAGCAAAGAGAGCCAGUAUCAGAAGUCGAUGAAGUAUCACAGAAUGCUGAUUUUUUGGCAAAUAAGCAGACAACGGCAGCGGAUCAAGGACAACUGGAUGGUGACACCCGUCCGUUUGUCCCGACAGUCGGAUUCCAGCGCUGA